AUGCCGAUAAAAUCACCCUUCGAGACAGAUGUUGCUAAGGCUGGACAUGGAGAGGUCAUUCUGGACCUUCUUCCUCCGUCGAUACCGACUUUGACCACCUUAACCUACAAAUACCCUCUCAAAUUGCUUGCCCGCACACCGGGCUUCGUGCCUCGAACCUCGGCGCAAACAUGCCCUUCUCGACCGGUUCAUCUAUACCUUCUCACAUACGGUGGCGGAUUACUCCCGGGGGACCACAUCGAUGUGUCGAUAACAUUGAAGGAGCGGACAAGAAUGGUUGUCAGCACACCUCAAGGAAGCACCAAGAUCUUCAAGACAGAGCCCACGGCAAGUGUCAAGGGGCAACGGGGGACUCCAGCACACAUAGCAACAGACAUGAGCCGACAGAUGCUAGAUGUCCGUAUUGACAAUGAAGCUGCGAUUUGCUACCUACCCGAUCCUGCGGUACCUUACAAAGACAGUCGCUACGAGCAGGCCCAGACUUUCACCGUAGACGGGACGGCCCCAGAUAGCAAGAGAGGCAGUCUGUGCGUCCUAGAUUGGGUGACGGAGGGCCGCAGCUCAAGAGGCGAGACAUGGGAUUUCCAUUUCUGGAAAGGGAAAAAUGAAGUAUGGUCAGAUGAUGGGUCUGGGUCGAAAAAAUUGCUGCUACGGGACUCGAUCAUCCUGGACGACGAGUGCGACGAUGCUGAGCGAGAUGCCGACAAUAGCCAUCCCAAUAUGAUUCGGGAACGCACACAUCCCCAUGGUAUCGUGGGGACGCUGAUCCUGUACGGCCCCGUCUAUGAAAAACUAGCGUCAUUCAUUUUACACCGGUUUACAACGCAGCCACGGAUCGGUGCUCGCAAUUGGUCAACGUCUGUGUCGCCAGCCAAGAGUGCCACAGAGUCGUAUUCGAAUACUACCAACACGAAUGCCACCUGGACGGCGGCCCGCGUGAGGGCAGGAUUCACGCUGGUGAAGUUUGGGGCGCCUGACUUUGAAGCUGCUAAAACCUGGCUUGGUGACCUCCUGCGGGAGGAGGGUAGUGUGGUUAGGGAGUUUGGGGAAGAGGCGUUGAUUUGCUUAUGA